AUGUCAGAAAUAAUCCCUCAUGUUUACCUGUCCUCAAUUGUCUAUGCCAAAGACUUAUAUUGGCUUAAAAAGCAAAAGAUUUCAAAUAUUCUGAUUAUUGGACAAUUGCCAAAAUACUUCCCAUUAAAGUUUUAAUACAAAUGCAUCCUCAUUGAAGAUAAACCAGAAAAUGAUAUCUCACAAUAUUUUGAAGAAUGCAUACAGUACAUCGAUCAAGUUGUUGCAUAAAACAAAAAUAUUUUAGUUCAUUGUUAUGGAGGUUAAAGCAGAUCGGUUAGCAUUAUUAUAGCCUAUGUUAUGAGAAAAUUAUCUAUUGAUGCAGAAAAGGCUUUUAAUUACGUCAAAGAAAGACACCCAAGAGCAGAACCUAACCAAGGGUUCUUGAAAUAACUCAAAACUUUUAAAUGA